UUGGGUCAUGCAACCAUUUGACCACGUACCGUACCGUCGUGCGCGUCUCUACCGCUACUGCUGCAAUCACUACGUUCACCGCUCGUCUCGUGUGCGUACGUACUCGUGUAAACUCGAUAAAUUUUUAUUAUUUCAAUCAACGCGUUUUUGCCGUUCCAUCAAAUCCAAUCGAAUAUGCAUCCUGAAGCUAUCAGACGUUCUGCCUACAUGAUGACACAACGACCGUCUGAAUUUGACGAACAGCCAGUUUCUCGCACCUACCAGUACAGAAAGGUUAUGAAACCAAUGUUGGAACGCAAACGCCGAGCUCGUAUCAACCGUUGUUUGGACGAACUAAAAGAACUCAUGGUGGUGGCUCUUCAAGCCGAGGGCGAGAAUGUUAGCAAAUUAGAAAAGGCCGACAUCCUCGAGUUGACGGUCAGACAUUUGCACAAAUUGAAGCGACACAACGCUCUGGGUCUCAACGGCGACUCGGUGUACGCCGACAAAUUCCGUGCCGGUUUCGCCCACUGCGCCGCCGAAGUGUCCAACUACCUAACGGCCGACGUCCGAUCACCGCCCGUCGAUCCCACGUCCGGCGUAAAGCUGCUCCAUCAUUUGGGCGCUUGUAUGCGCAAAAUAGAAUCCCCAGACAGCUCGGCCACUGCUGUGCUCGCAGUUCGCCCUGAUCAGCACCAAUACAACCAACAGUACAGGCCGUACACUCCUCCAGCCACUCCUAGUGACCUCAAGGACGACCAAAACGUGUGGAGGCCCUGGUAAAACAUCCUUCGUCCAGCAUUACACGCGAAAACGCCAUUCAAGACUGAUUGCAAACUAGGUCCUUCCCGCUAUUUUUAAGUAUAUAUUCGUUUUUAUUGGCUCGCUCAUUGCCGCCUAUUGACAUUUGAUUGUAAUAUUUAUAUUUUAUACAUUAUUAUUAUUUUUUUGUUAUUUUUUGAUCGAGUACAGCUAUUUACCAAAAUUCGACUUAAAACACUGUAACUCAUUGGACGUAGCAUUAGUUUUACUCUUUUUGUGUACAUUUUUAGCUGUAGAGGAGAAUUUGAAAAUAUUUUUUCUACUAUUUAAGCUUAUCUGUGAUAACAACAUUGUGUGUACAAAAAUAUAAUGAUAAUUUAUUAUUACCGUUGA